UUCGUCGUUUUAUUUUACUUUGGUUGGAGUUCUAUUUAUAAAUUAAUUUCUCGCUAGAGCGUGUUCCUUGUUUCUAUUAAUCUAAGUAUACUUGUUGUGUGAAAACAAAAUCAUAUUUAAGUCUUCUUCAAAUGUGCCUACGGAUGUUCCUUUGUUUUUAGUAAUUAAGUGACCGAGCUAAUCAAAUAAGUAAAGUUAAAAUGGUUAAUUCGAGCUUGGCGUACGAAAUUCUUCUGUAUAUUAACUCGUUUUAUUUUGGUCUGUUCGCUACGUGUGAGCUAGGCACUCUUAUACUGAAAUCAGUUUUGAUUAUUGAGAAGUAUGAUGUGGAAAAGGAUCCAACGAAACUGGGGCGAGACUAUGGAGUUCUUAUAGGAUUGUUCGUUAUUGAAGCUGCCCGUCUUAUAUUAGGGCGUAAAGGAAGUCUGAGUGAAAAAGACAUACCAGUGUUAUUCUCAGUGCUGCUGACAGUGCCAUCUAUAAUGGGGGUCCUGUACCUCCUCAUCUUCCAAGUUGUGGUGCUUAGAAUAGAGUACAUCUGGUGUACUCUCAUGCUGUGUAUACAAACCUUAGAGUUUGUAUUUGCAUCCAUGUUCAUUGUGUCUCUUUGCCGAGGACCUUCCUAUGACUAAAAUGUCCAGUGGCUGAGUGCCUUAAGCACAAAAUUUGGCAAGAAAUUAAAUAAUAUUUUAUGAUAUACAGUAUUUAAGUACAAGAGAUAUGGAAGUCCAAAGAAUAUUUUACUAAUAUACUAGGUAUACUACUGCCUUUCAGUGACAAAUAAUUAAUGUAAUAUAACAAUUAUUCAUUAAACUCAUAACAUUUUAAUAAAAUCCAUAGAGUACUAAAAAUACUAAUACAUGGAUAAUAAUAAAAAAAACAUUUAGUAGUGCCUUCAUAAAAUCGAUGAUCAUUUGAAUACCAGUAAAAUCGAAUUAAAGUUUGUAAUGAAAUGAGCCAAAUUAGGUAAUAGAAAUCACAACAUAUUAAAAAAAACAAAAAUACUUUUUUCAAACGAACUUUUUUUUAAAGCAAUGAUGAAUAUUGCUCGUAUAUUAUUUGGGCUAAUGCUAGCCCUCAUAUAAAGGGUUUAUGCUGCUAUGCAAUAAUUAUAAUCACAUUUCCUUAUGAGUGGUUUUAAAACACUUUAGUGUGAGUUAUUACCCACUUGAAUAAUUUUUUAUGCAUUUGAGCCGCGAAAUUUAAUCGUUAUAUUGCUUUCAUUACAAUUUAAACUAUUUAUUAAAAAUCAGCUGGAUAUUUAGAUACUGAUUAUAAUAUGGAAAGUUACUUAUAUACAUUUUAAUAGUUACAAAAAAUGUUAUUAUAUACCCCUAUUUAUAGUUACUUAAUGAAUAUACUUACUAUGUUAUAUUUUACUGUAGUGUUAAUGUAUACCAAAUUUUUGAUGUUGCUUAAUUUUUUUAAUGCAUUUUAUUGCACAAUUAAUUUUUAAUAAUUCAACAAAUUCUAAAUCUUAAUAUGUGGUGUAAAUUGAGUAUUUUUGUCACUAUAGUUGGGCCAGUGCAAUCACACUUACCAUUCAUUAAAUUAAAACAUAAAAGCUAAGGGAUGUCACAUGACCUACAAACAAUUUUAGUAAGGUAAGCACCCUGUAUGUUGUCACAAAGAAAGCUAAUAAAAAUUGUUGAAGACUCAAUUUAAGGGUUUGUAUUGGCCUGACUUUAGUGACUAUUUUGUAUCUCAAAUCAAAAUAUUAUGAAAUGUAUUUUGUUACUUAUAUUACAAGACUGUGUAUUUACAAACUAAAGAUUUAUAUUGUAAUCAAAUAUGUGUGUAAAACAAAUAAUAUAUUUAAAUGUUAACUAAUUUAGGAAAGAAACUUCUAGUCAGUAUAAUUGUUAUACAAUCAUUACUUUAUUUUGCACUUUUAAACAUUUCUUACAUAUUUUUCAUUGUACCAUUAAUAAUUAAUUUAAUCUAUUCAAAUUGCAGCAUCAUUCAUUCUAUUUCACUGGUUGAUGUAUGGUAAACAGUUUGGCAUUGUAAUUUAAAAAAAAAAGAGUUAUUAGCCAGUAUUGUAACAUAAGAAACAUUGUAAUUUUAGGAGACCACAGAAGCCUUUCCCGUUGUUUGUAUCCAUCCGAUAAGUGUAACAUAAGUGAUAAUGUGGCCUUUAUUUAGAUAUGUAUACAUAAUAGUUACUAUCAGAUCUUCCAUUGUUCAGUAGAAAUGUUACACCAAAGAUUUAUAUUAAUGUGAGUGUGAUUUUAUUUAGAUGUGUACUUAGUGUUGUCUUUUAUGUAUACCUAUAUGACCAAAUGUUAUUGCAAUACUAUUUAUUGAUCUGUAAAACAUUCUAGUCGUACAAUUUAAUAUUAAAAUUAAAUAAAAAGGUAUUCUUUUCAGUAUUCA